AUGGAAAUUGCACUUGAAGGCAGUGAUAUAAUUUCUUCAUAUAGGAAUAUGAUAGAUGAAAUUGACACGAAAAUGCAAGAAUUUCAAGAAAAAGACAGUGGAUGGGCCUUGCUGCGGAUAUGUCACGUGGAAAUAAACAUAAAUCAAUACACACCAAUCAAAGGUUCAAGACAUAUACCGUUGCCUAGUUUUCUUUCUAGAAAAAGAGCCUGUAUAAACGUUCACAACACUGAUGAGUAUUGUUUCAAAUGGGCCAUCAUCUCAGCACUUUUUAGCAAAGGAAAGAACAAUACCCAUAAACCUGAAACAUACAAGAUACGAGAUAUCAGUUCACGAACGAUUUAUAAAAAUAACAUCAGAAUUGAUUUCGCUGAUCUGCAAUUUCCUUUAAGACUUAGCGAUAUUUCUAAGUUUGAAACACUAAACCCUACUUUAAGCAUCAAUGUGUUUGGAUUUGACGAUGAGAAGAAGAUAGUAGUAGGACCCUAUUACAUUACACCACAGGAGAAGAGAAAUCACAUCAAUCUAAUUCUCUUGCAAAACGAGGGAAUUUCGCACUUUGUCUGGAUUAAAAGCAUAUCAAGACUUGUUUCAACGCAGGCGAAAAACUACAGAGGAAAAUCUUGGUUUUGCAACACGUGCUUGCUAAGAUUUAUAUCUGAAGAAAAACUGAUGACGCACAAGGACAACUGCUGUAAAAUGGUGACAAAAAUGCCCAACGACGAUAAAAAGACUGUAUCGUUUGAACAUUUUGAGCGGAAGAUGGACGUGCCUUUCACAAUAUAUGCAGAUUUCGAAUGCAUCCUCGAGGAAGUAGGAUCCCCAGGUAAUGCUAGUAGUAGUAGUAGUAUUAGUAGUAGUUUAAAUAUUCAAAAACAUAUCCCAUGCGCAGGUGCUUACUUUAUAAAAUCUUGUGAUAGUUCUCUCAAUAGAUUUAAAAUGUUUAAAGGCAGCAAUUGUGUAAAAGAUUUUGUUAGUUCUCUGAUAAAAGAUUGCUAUGAAUUACAUAAAAGAAAUUCUAAACCCAUGCUACUUUUAUCAGAAAUUGAUUUAGAAUAUCAAAGAAAUUGUCCAUUAUGUCAUAUCUGCAACAAAGAGUUAGGAACAGAUCGAGUUGCAGAUCAUUGUCAUUAUACAGGCAAAUAUAAUGGCCCAGCGCAUAAUAAAUGUAAUUUGAUUUACCAAAAACCUAAAUUUUUCCCAAUAUUGUUCCAUAAUUUCACCGGGUAUGAUUCGCAUUUACUUAUCAAAGAACUUGCUUCAUACAACGGAAAUAUUUCUUGCAUUCCUCUUAAUAAGGAGCGCUAUAUUUCUGUUUCAAAGACAUUACAUACGUUUGAUAACAGAACUAUAGAACUGAGAUUUUUGGAUUCUCUACGUUUUAUGCCUUCUAGCAUUGAUUCCCUUACAAAAGACUUAACACCAAGUGAUUUUAAAUUAAUAAGAUCUAAUUUUCCAAUUGAAGAAGAGUUUAAGCUUCUGACAAGGAAAGGUGUAUUUCCCUAUGAUCAUGUAAAAACAUGGGAGAGUUUAGAGGAAAAAACCCUUCCUCCUCAAGAGUGUUUUAAAAAUAAAUUGACUGGUGAAGCUUGCUCCGAUAGCGAAUACAAUCAUGCUAAAAAAGUAUGGACAGUUUUUAAUUGUCAGACUCUUUCAGAUUAUAUGGAGUUAUAUUUAAAAACUGACGUUCUUCUACUAGCUGACAUAUUUGAAAAUUUUAAAAUUAUUUGUAAAAGUAUUUACGAACUUGAUCCCUGUCAUUAUUACACAGCACCAGGGUUAUCUUGGGAUGCAAUGCUUAGAAAAACCCAUAUAAAGCUGGAUCUUAUUCAAGACAUUGAAAUAUAUAAUUUCAUAAAGAAGGGUAUUAGAGGAGGCAUCUCUCAAUGUUCACAUCGCCACUCAGUUGCCAACAAUAAAUAUAUGCAAAACUAUGAUGAAACAAAAGAUUCACAGUAUUUGAUGUAUGUUGAUGCCAACAAUUUAUAUGGGUGGGCAAUGUCUUGUCCUCUACCUUAUUCAUCUAUUAAAUGGGUUAAUAAUAUUCAAAACAUUGAUUUAAUGAAUAUUUCAGAUGACUCGGAAGUCGGUUCAUAUCGGAUCUCAUCAAAUAGAAAUGCUAUACAAUUGUUUACAAGUUGUGUCUUUUUGACUUCCGAUCCAUCAUUUUUCGAUACAGUCCCCUCAACAUAA